AUAAGACGAGUGCGUGGUCCUUGCAUUCACUAUUAAAAUGUUUUCCGUCGUAAACUUUAAGUUGGACCGUUCGGUGCAAUUAGUGCCAUCAAGCUGGAUAAGUGCUGAUAAGCGCCUUUGUUCUUGGCCACCUGGCCCAAGUAGUAACGUCACAUCAUUAAUAAAGAGAGUUGAGAAGCCAAAAAAGUCCUGGCCAAAGUUGGAUGUCACAUGUUGGAAAACUGCAGAUACAUUUCUAGAAGGACGACAAUUGGAAGAUGCUGCCCGAUUUACUGGUGACCUGGACACUUCUGACGCAGAGGGCGGGGAAGAAAAUAAUCCUCCCAAAAUCCUACGAUUAUCUCUUAUGACCGACGCCAACCAAGAACAAGGCGAGGAAGUGUCGCAAAUUGGUGUUACAGACGACGGUUCAAGUCUUGUAGCUGUGGGAGGAAAUGUGUUCCGACUCCAGCUCUUUAAUGGAGAGGAAAUGACUACUGGAAGUCGCUCACAGAUUGACCCGAAUUCCGACAAUCCAUGUGGAACAGGAGGUGAUCUGGUUGUCCAACCUGAAGGCGGUAACAUUAGCCAUGACGGACAACAGAAUGACAACGCCGGGUCGUCGGGCUCAACCAGAAUAAUCCCAAAUUUAGAUGCCAUUUGUAUGAGACAGUUAGCUUUAGAGGAAACGAUUGCAAAAGAGUUAUCAUCAAUUAAAGAGGAUAUUCGGACUAUCUUGAUUAAAAUUUAGAUAUAGAAAAUAUAUUAUUGGCACAAAAAUGGGAAAUAACUGUUUUUUAUUAAAAAAUAAUGACCUUGUUAUUGUCAAUAGAAUAUAUAAGGAGAAUUGCAAAGUUAUGAUUGAAUGUAAAAAAUUCACAACAAGAACUGCAGUUAAUAAUUAUCCUAUUAAUACCUCUAUUUUAAAAAUAUUUAAUGUGUCAUUAAGAAAUAUAUCCAGGUGUACGAAUAAUGUAGAAAAUAUUUGUCAGAAAUGUGUCCUAAUUCCAGUAAAAAGUAAUUCUAUAGAUGAGUAUUUUUGUAUUCCUAUGUUGUGAAUAAUUAAAAACGUGGAAUAUUAUUUAAAUUUA